CUCCACAAAAGUUGGAAUAGCCUACUAAAAUAGAGUGGUACUCCCCAUAGUUUUACCUAGUUGAAACAUUAAUUGAAACAGUAGCCUAACAACAACAAUAGGCUAUAGAUUUCCUGUAUUUUACUGAUAUGGCUUGCGAAGUCUCGCAGGAUGACCAGAUUGGAGAAGCACUCUUAAUCGGGGUGGUAAGAGAUGAGGUGAUGAGGGUAGCAGCCGAGGUACAUGCAGCCCCGCCAGGCCUUCCUGAAGCUCGUCCAGUAAGCAACAGCCAGGACCAGAAGCUUGUUGAACAGCUGGCGGAGACCAUCAAAGCGAUCGGUGAUAGACUCGAUCAAGAUAAAGCAUUCAAUGACAUGAUUGAUGGCUUAGUAAAAGUGGCUGAUAAGAAAAGUUUCUGGGAACUUGUGGAAAAGGUUUUCACAGAUGACCAGAUCAACUGGGGGAGAAUUAUAGUGCUGUUCUAUUCAAUUGGAAAGCUGUCUGCAAAGAUGGUCCUUGCAUGCUUACCCACAAUUGUUUCAGACAUUUUGACCUUAAGUCUGGAUUUCUUCAGGAGGACUCUGUUGGAAUGGAUUCGCAAAAUGGGAGGAUGGAUGCACAGUAUCCCUGCGCUGGCCUGUUUCUCCUUUGAGCAGUUUUCUGGUUCUUCACUUAGUAAAUAUUUUUCUUAUUUUGGAGUUGCAUUGGGCUUCACUGGUGGCCUACUGCUAGGUGGCUUCAUCGUCUCGAAAUUUCCAAGAAAAAGCUAAGAGGAAGAAAAUGAAGAUGUUGCAACAGAAGUGUCCAUAAUGUUGAACUUGAGCAAAACAUUGUACUGUAUAUUACAUCUGGAUUUAGUAAUUUGCCCCCCUUUUUAUUGUAAUAUGCCUUUAUUUUAUAUGUAUUUAUACUGUUUUGUAGAAAACAUAUUGUAUAUGGUCAUAUUGAUUUAAAGAAGGGUACAUGUUUAUUCAGGAUCAGGACAUAUUGUUGCGAUAAAUCUGAGCCAGCUUUUUAUUGAUAAUUGACACAUUUACACAUUUGAAUAUAA